UAAUAACAUAUAUUAAUAUAAAUAUUUAAUUUGUAGUACGUUGACCAAGUAACACUUAAACAAUAUCUACAGUACAAUCAGCCAUACCGCUCAUUCUCACGUUUCUGCAAUGAAUGCGAGCAUGAAAUGAUCAUUUCAAAAGUUAACCCUGCUGUCAUAAACCGGCCUGCCCGAGAAUUGGUACCAAUCUUCGAAAGCCUUGUAGCGGAUCUCAGAGCAAUUUUUUUAUUGGCUGGACUAAGCCUUGAAGGUUCUGAGUCUACUACCGCGUGUUGCCCAUCAUCAUUGUCUCGGAGUGGCUUUCCGCAGCAUUUGAGCACGAGAAUAAAGCAUGACUCAGCCCUCUGCGGUCAGGCCAAUGUCGCUCAUAGUAUCAUGCAGCAAUUUAUUGAAGACUAUAAGAGUUACUGCGGCACAUCUAAGGAACCACAAUGGGGCUUGGCCACCAAAGCCCAAUCAUAUCUAGCAACCCUUACUUCCCGUACCUUACGAGCGCCUUACGUUCAAGCAGCAUCGUCAACACCAACGCCCACACCUACAACCAGCUUGGCCACUCCUAGCCUACCAAGAGGACAACAAAGCCCAUAUUCGUUUGUGGUCGAGCCAUCCUCCCUUACUACUAAUGACGGCCAAAACAGAGCAAUCGUUCAAAAUAUACAGGAGCCGAAUCGUCGGCCGGCAGUAGCUCUGUAUCAUAUCAAUCAACAUCCUGUACGAACAAGUGGCGUAUUGGAAAUUUACAAAACCGUGAUGACGCCUUUACUGGACCUUCUCCAAUUGCGGAGCACAGUUGAUGAUCCGGUUCUUCGCACGAGUAUGGCUGCUAACGAAGGAGCGGAGGCAUUUCAAGAAAGCGCUUCCCCAGCAGUUUUAAUUACUGAUACACAUCCAGGACACCUUGUGAGGAGUACUGAAUAUAUAGAAGGUGGCGCUGGUAACUCUGAGUCCCUGCCUGCACUCAUACCCGAACCAGGGACAGCGGAGAAUAGUUCGUUUGCUGAAGACGUGGGUGCAAAGCGCAAAGGAACCAUAGCACCGAACCAUGUGAAGCAAAAAAAGCAGCGGCCAGUGCGAGCUGGAGUUACAACACGCUCAGAGAAACAUCGAAAAAUGGAAAUCAAGCGAGCACUUGCAAAAUUCAGCAAGCGGUUCUCAAGCAUCGAAACACGCCAGGAACAAUGGAAAGAACUUCAGUUCCUUCAUGUGCGGUGGUUACGAUGGGAGUGGUGUGAAAAAUGUGACAAAGAAUUAUGCCUUCAAUGUGGUGUGUCGUCGCAUCAUGAACUUUAUGAUUGUUUCCAGUACAUGAGGUCAUUGAUAACUAAUAAGGAUAGCACAGGACUAAGCCCAAUCGUGAAUUGGUCUGCCAAGCAAAGCAACUACCGCCCACCUAAAACAACGUCGUCCAUUUCUAAAGGGAAGACUCGAUCUGAUCUCGAUACAAGCACAAUUCAGUGGAAACUUGCAAACACCAGUCCUUGCCCAAACUGCUGUAUACUGAUUCACCGUGACGAUGGUUGCAACAAAAUGGACUGUUUGCUCUGUGGCUACCGCUUCUGUUGGGUUUGUCGCGAAGCAUGGGGUACUGCAUGCGGCUUCUUUAAAUGCGGUCGCAAACCUGUUGGCAUGAUAGCGCCAAUAGAUUCUUCGGAGACACUAGACGGUUCAAAUGAAGGUACCAUUAAUGAUGAAGUUCAGCCCAUGGACCUGGGGAUCACGCACGAACUUUCACAAGACAUAGCUGGAAGCCCAAGCCCAGUGGCCAGUGAGCCCCAAAAUGACCUACAGCGAAGGCGUUCUAAUGAGAAGACGAUUCCCGAAAAGGUAUGUUUCUCGAUAACCGACAUCCUUUUUUUAUAAAUGAAGGAAGAUUAAAAUGUAGUAACUAAAACUGAUGUUUACGCAUAUUGCUUUAAUUGCAGCCUGAAAUUGGUGUUCCCAAUGUAUUUGUCAUCCACACAAAACGACCAAGAGUAUAAAGAAAGCAAGAGCGGACGAAAACAAUGUAGCAAACUCGAGAUAUGCACUGCGAUGAAAUAUUCAUAGAAACACAUAUACGAUUUCGAUCAUUAAUUUUUUCCUUUUCCGGCAUUCAUUAAAAAAUAAAAAAUAAAAAAAUGCGCC